GAUGCAUUUCCUUGAUAUUGUUUUGUGAUGUAGGUCGUGACCUAUUUUUCUUACUAAAUGAAACAUUGAUUGCAUGUACCAAAAUCUUCAAACAUAAAAUUCAUUCUAAACAUUAAAAAAAAAAAAGAAAUUUAUAUAUUUUCAAUCAAGAUUGUCCCAGCAAUUUAAGAUAUAAAUAUAAAUGUUUACGCUAUAAAGAAACAAUUAAAUCCAUUUUUUAUUAUUUUUUUUUUUUUUUUUUUUUUUUUCAAUUUUUUACAUAUUAUAAAAUCAGUCUUUAUUUUAUUUAUUUUUUUUUUUUUAUAAACUGAUAAAAUAUUUUAUUUGUUAUCCAGUAAAAUAUGACUCAAGUAUCGCCAUCAAAUUUUAAAGAGUAUUUCUCAACAAUUCAAAAAAUUUCACAACAAUUAGCCCAAGGUGUAUCACCAGCUAAAACUGCUUUCCCAUACCUUGGAAAUCCAACCAAUAAUUUUCUCGAGGGUCAUAAUAUCUUAAUAUUGGGUGUUAUUGGUUGUAUACCAGAAGUAGGUGCGUUCAUUUCAAGUGCUGUUAGUUUAGUAUUAUUUCCACCAUGGGAAAAAUCAACAAAUCCAAAUUUGGAUCUCUGGAAUUCAAUCCAAUCAAAAGUUUCCUCAAUGGUUGAAGAUGGUAUAGUAAAGCUUAGUAACUAUGAUUUGAUUGGUAGCUUUAAUGUAAUUAAAUCUAGAUUCCAAACAUUUACAGAAACAAGAAUGGUUUUACAACUUAAAAAAGGUACACCUACCAAUGUUCCAGAUCUUUAUAUUCAACUUGAAAGAAAAAUUUCAGAAACUCUUAUCGAACUUAAAGCACUCGGUGACGAAUUUAAAUAUCAACAAAUCAGUAUGUUUGCUCUUAUUGCAACAAUUCAUAUUGCCGUAUUAAAUGAUGGUAUUAAAAAUGGUAAAAAUUUUGGAUUAGAUAAAGGAGAUGCUAACGAAACCAAUAUAAAAAGAUUAAAAAAAGAUCUUUUAGAAAAAGUUCCUACCUAUAUUGCCCAUCUUAAACAUAGUUGUGAAUAUGGUAUUUAUAGAAUCGAAAAUUUACCAAAUGUCCCAACUUCCGAAAAAUUUAGACGUAUUCUUGACUUCCGUAACCAUUGUUCCCAAUUUGUAUUUGAUUAUGUUGAAUCAUGGCAAACUUUCGACGAUACAAUAUACCCAAAUGGUGCUUAUCAUGAAAAUGUUCGUUUCCUUUGGCAAAUUGUGGGUACUCUUUAUGAUCAAGGAUAUAAAAGAGGAAAAUUAUUGGUACCAAAUGAAGAAAAUUAUUUUAACCCACCACUCGCAUCAAUUUGGACCAAAAUAAAAGCUCUAAACUUUGAUAUGUACCCAGGAGAAUUAAAAAAGACCGAACUUACCUAUGACCCUAAUUUCAUUUAUGCAUGUCAAUCUUUCUAUGAUAAUGGUGAAAAGCCAGGUACUCUUGUACCAGAGCAACGUAUAGGUGCAGGUAAAAUUCCACCAAAAGCCACAAUUCAAUCAUAUAACAUUACACCAGCCUCAUAUUCAUAUAGUGCAUCAUGGGAUAUCUCUCCAAGAGCUUUUGCUAUCGGGUUGGAGUCUACUGUUCUCACCCCACAUCGUUCAUUUGCUGCCCAUCUUCCCCACUCCCAAAGAUAUUUCGAGGAAAUUUGUCCAUAUAGUCACAUUGCUGGUAAAUUUUAUGCUAAUCACAAAAUUGGUAUCAUCAGAGGUAGAAAUGAAAAUGUGUCUGCAGUUAAUUCCGAUACUUGGAAACAAAAAUAUUAUGAAGCAUCAGGUUUCCUUGAUUGCAUGUUUGUUGGUUUCCUCCCACAUCAAGUAUUCAACUACAGCACUCUUUUCACCGAUCGUGCAACUAUUAUCAAUGCUCAAAAAUUCAUUGGUGGUAAUCGUAUGAAUGUCCGUUUAGCAUAUGACCAUGUUUACCCAACUGUUCACUCUGUAUCAAUGGCUGUUAAAGACAAUCUAGUAUUAAAGUACUCACUCAAAUUCUAUAAUGAUAAACCAACACCAAUUGAAUAUGAAAUAGGUAUUCGUUAUCACAACAUUGUCCCCAAAAACGUUGUAAUCAUCCAAGAUCCAUCAUCAAAAAACAUUUUCUCCAUGACUUUAGAUGUAUGUAACAACAAAGGUGGAAAUGAAUACAAAACCAAAUUUUAUGGUUCAAUCGAUUUCACAAAACAUCCAACAUACACUAUUAGUGUUAAAUGUGGUGGACCAGGUGACUUUUUCCUUCAAUCUGUUAUUUUAAGACCAAAAGUUGUUGCUAAAUAAUUAUUAAUAUCACAUCUUUUAUUAUCAAUUACAAUAAUAAAAAAAAAAAAAAAAAAAAAUAUAAUAAAAAGAUACUUUAUUCAAUAAACAAAAUUAAAUUUAUC